AGAGGUGUCAGUCACUCUCAUGCAUGUCCUGCCGUCAGCCCUCCUCACGCAGGCGCAGUGUCUGCUCUCACCUGGUCAGUUAAGGUCAAGUUUAAGCCCAAACUGUAAACAGUGGCAGAGAAUGGAUGACAACAGUGCUGAAACAUGCCCCACCAUUGCCCACGUCAAAGGGAGGAAAUAAGACGAAGAAAAGCAGUGUAAAAACAAAGAAUUGGACCGAGCCAGAGAGAAAACUAGGAGAAAUAUCGGAGCGGUUGGCCACCAUGAUAGGACAGAGCUGCUGAUUACUCGGGACGGUGACGGUGCAGGCUGACAGGUCAAGGAUCUAGGACAUCUAAUCGAGAAGGACGUGACCUUGCCUGGAGAAGUGGAGGCAGCCUUGCAUUAAGUGUUUACACACUUCGAGAACAGGUGAGGGCUUCGUUACUGGCACAAGCUACAGACAGGACGGGACUGUUGCUAGCUGUUAGCAUCGGCAGCUGCUAAUCAAGAGACGCCGCGGACGACUCUGGACGUUGGGCGUCGCCACUGCUGCCUGCGGGACGGAGGAACCGGUGCAGGACCAAGCCUCGGGACGGGUAUCCGUUUCACGUCGCUGCCUCUGGACCGUGUCACCACAGAACCCUCUGCUUUGGCUGUCCCGUUGCACCAAUGGACUGUGUCCACCAUUCAAGUGAACAAGAGGACUUUGUGUUUUUCACACCCCUGUUGGUCUGAAUAUAGCCUCAGUGAGCUCAAUGUCGGUGGACAAGGCUUGGCUCACAGUUGGCAUCUCAAUUCAUCCUGAAGGUGUUGGCGGCCAGGACUGGAGAGAAGUGAUGCUGGAGGGGGGGUCCUCAGCACAGAGACAGGCGCGGUGGACGAGCGGCGAGCGAGCGGGAGCGCGCGUAUAGGAAGGAAGGGAAGGAAGGAGGCUGAGGCAGAUCAGUCGCCAGCGGAGCCCAAGACGGCGGAUGAACGGAGCCGAGCGUGUGUGUCGCCCUUGUCGUUUUUUUACAGCAGCUGAAAGCAGCGUCCGGCGGCCCGAAACCUGCCCGAAAAUGAUGCUCAAACUCGUCCAUCUCCUCGGGGUGCUCGUCUGCGGCAGCCAAGCCGCCCUGCAGGUGUCCAUAUCCUUGAACAAAGUGGAGCUGAGCGUUGGAGAGUCCAAGUUCUUCAUCUGCACAGCUAUUGGUGAACCAGUGAGGCUGGAGUGGUACAACCCUCAGGGCGAGCGCAUCGUGCCCUCCAAGCGAAUGGCACUCCACACGGAGACGUCACGAUCCAGGCUCAUCAUUUACAACGCAAUCAUCGAGGACGCGGGUAUCUACCGGUGCCAAGCCACUGACGCCAGCGGCCACACCGAGGAGGCCUCAGUCGUGCUGGAGAUCUACCAGAGGCUGACGUUUCGGGAUGUUCAGUCACCGCAGGAGUUCCGCCACGGUGAGACGGCGGAGGUAGUGUGUGAUGUCAUUAGUUCGCCCGUCCCCGUGGUCGUGUGGUACUACCAAGACAAAGAGAUCACGGAGGAGCACCACAGCAGGUUCCAGGUGCUGGCAAACAACAACCUGCAGAUUCAUCAGGUGACCAAAGCCGAUGAGGGCGUGUACCGCUGCGAAGCCAGCGUCGAGGCCCGUGGCGAGAUCGACUUUGUGGACAUUGCCGUGGUGGUGAAUGUGCCUCCGGUGUUGUCGGUGUUCCAGCAGGCCUUCAACGCCACAGCUGACUACCAGGAAUCCGUCACAUUUACUUGUAUCACCUCUGGAUCUCCUGACCCUUCGGUCACAUGGCACAGGAAAGGGCAGCAGCUGGAGCCGUCAGAGCAGUACAUUUUCAACAGGCUGGAAGGUGGGCGCAGCAUGCUAACCAUCCGCAACAUCCGACAGGGUGACGGGGGGACCUACACCUGCAGGGCCACCAACAAGGCGGGGUCUCAGGAGAGGGAGCUCUUCCUCAAAGUGUUCGUCCAGCCCCACAUCACCCAGCUGAAAAACGUGACAGCCGUAGAGGGCAGCGCCGCCAUGAUCUCCUGUGUGGCUGACGGCGAGCCUCUGCCCGACAUUUCCUGGAGGAGAGCCAGCGACAGCCGGACCUUCGUGGACGGAGACAAGAGUCAGGACGGGCGCUUCGAAGUCCGGGGUCGUCACGGGAAGUCAGUGUUGACCAUCAGUGGCGUCAAGCUCACCGACCUGGGUCGAUUCGACUGCGAAGCGCUCAGCAGGAUCGGAGGCCAUCAGAAGAGCAUGUUCCUGGACAUUGAGUAUAUACCGAAGUUCCUCACCAACCACACCAUCUUCUACUCGUGGGAGGGGAACCCAGUGAACAUAAGCUGCGACGUGAUGUCCAACCCACCCGCCACCAUGUUGUGGAGGCGAGAGCGUUUCACCAUCUCCGCGGAGGGAACGGCCAACACGCGUGUGCACAGCGUGGAGGGCAAGUCUGUGCUGGAGGUGACUCCUAUGUCCGACAGGGACUUUGGCCGCUACAACUGCACAGCCAGGAACAACAUCGGAGUGCGGUACCAGGAGUUCAUCCUGGCUCAGGCAGAUGUACCGUCGAAUCCGUACUCUGUGCGUCUCUCAGCUGUUUCCCAGCGCCUGGCGACCGUCACCUUCAUGAAGCCCGACUCGCACGGCGGGGUGCCCAUCAGCUACUACCUGGUCCAGUACAAGGAGGUCGGCUCACAGGACUGGCGGGACGUCAAGUCACACAGUGUCCAGACCACAGUGGUGCUGACAGGACUGGAGCCCAACACGACGUACGAGGUCCGAGUGGCAGCCGUCAACGGAAAGGGUCAGGGAGAGUUCAGCCACACGGAGACCUUCCAGACUUUACCCAUCCGAGAGCCAAGUCCGCCGGCGGUCCACGGGCAGAGAGCGAUGGGCAAAGCCUACAGGCUGGGGCUGGUCAAGCAGGACGACGGAGGGAUGCCCAUCGUGGAGUAUAUAGUCAAGUACAAGACUGAUAAAGAGGAGCAGUGGAUGACCAAGCUCGUGCCGGGAGCCAACGAUUUCGCAAUGCUCCAGCCACUGCAGUGGAACACGAGAUACGAGGUGGAGAUCACAGCGCGCAACGUCAAGGGCCUAUCGGAGCCCACCUUCUAUCAGUUCUUCAUGCCGCAGAAACCGGACAUUACAGCAGAAUCCCUGUUCAGCGGCCUGGGGCUGGGCGCGGUGGUGGGCCUCGGCCUGGGGGCGCUGCUGCUCCUCCUCGUGCUGGUGGACGUCAGCUGCUUCUUCCUGCGCCACUGCGGCCUGCUGAUGUGCAUCACGCGCACGCUCUGCAGCAAGAAAACAGCCACCAGCGGCAAGGGCAAAGAAAUCGAGGAGGGCAAGGCCGCCUACCUGAAGCUACCGCUGAAGGAAGAAAAUGGAAAAGAGUCUCUCAAGCCGGAUACGAUUGAAAUCAAGGUGCACAGCGACAACAGCAUCCACACAAAGCCCGACGACAGCAAAGCGUAAAAAAAAAAAAAAAGAAAGAAAAAAAGAAAAAGAAAAGAAAAAAGAAAGGGUCGGUCCCCCUCGCCACCAAAAGAACAUUCGGAUCACGAGACCAAAACCGAGAGAAACUACAACACUGGAAAAUAGUGGAGUAAAAUACCAUAUCUGUUUAUAACAAAUGCCCCAGAGGAAGGCAUGUGUACAUACAAAUAAUAGAGAGAAAAUAGCAAGAGAGAAAGGGUCAACCUUUUUAGACGCCCUGAGUGAUAAAUGUAUCAUGUUCUUAAAUAACAUGGCAUCAGUGGAAGGCUUGUUGAUCAAUGAUUGUAUUCACCUCACUUUCUGUUGUAUCCGCUCGUCACUGUUGUUUUACUCGUUCAUCCUCUGGACUUUUUUUAACGCAGUCAAACGGUAAUAAAUCACAAUCUCCGACACCCCCUGACGAUGAAGCGAAGCUACCGCGCUAAGCUUGCGAUGCUAACGUUGUUUUGUUUUGUUUCUUUGUUGUGAUUCACCCAUCGCGACGGAGGGAAUCUCGACGAUUUAACCCCGACCGCCUGUUUCCAUGCCUGAGUGUUGCACCAUAGCGAAGGUUUUCUCUCCAGGUGCUGAAGGUAACCCGCUCUGGAGGUCGCCGGGUGAACAAAACAUGUUAAACUUAAGCUGAUUAUAAAUUACUAGGAAAAAUUCAGUCUUGAUAUUUAAUUAUAAAUGUUUACUGAAGGGCUAUCGCAGGAAAAUACAUAAGAAUCUUGAACAAUACCUAAAAAGAAAGAGAGAAUGUGCUGCCCACACGUGUGCAUUGAUGUCAUUGUUAGCAAAGCACUGAAUAUCGUCGACAGCCAUCCGAUUCUCUGACAAUGUAUGUUUUAUUCAUCUGUGUUCAAACUGCAUAUAAUACACAGUACAGUAUACUGUCGCCGGAGGUGAACUGCACUGUGAGCUGAUGACAUAAUUACAUGUUGAUCAAAAGCGGUGUCGUGUCAUCGUUGCUAGACUCAAGGCAUGGGAACAAACGCUGACAAGAACUAAAUCAACAACCUGCGUCACAUAUGUUUUUUUUUUUCAUGAUAUAAGAGCUCUUUAUCCAUUCCUGACUCUGAUCUGCCUCAGAUGCUUUUUUUUCCUUUCUUUUUUUAUUUCCUGGUCUGAUCGCUACUCUCUCUGAUGUUGUCAUGUGUUGUAAAUAAGUGAAAAAAAAGAAUAUUUUACAGAGCUUUUAUGUAAAUAUACCCUAAAGGAUGUGUGUUUUUUCAAUGCAACAGGCUUGGCUUUUUUUUUUUUUUUUUUUUUUUUUUUUUUUGGUCUUCUUUUCUUUCGUUUUCCUUCUGUGAACGCUCCUCAGAUGAAAUCAAAAUCAUUUUUUCUUUUUCUUCUUCUGUUGUGUUUUUGGUCCAAAGUUCAGUGAUGGUGUAAUGAUGCUUUUUUCUAGUCAUUUGCGUUCCCUUCAGAAAAAUCCACGCCCUAAGGCUACUUCACGGCAUUUCAGCGGAGACGGUAAUUACGGCAUUAGUGUGCCUUCUCUCUUUGUUUUUUUCUUUCCUCUCCUCCCCCUUGUGGCCCAAUGCCGCCGAAGCAGCAGCAGCAGUGUAGACCACCAAAUGGAUUUUUGAUCGCUGCUUUACACCACAGAAUGUGUCAGACAAUUUAAUUUUAUUGUGAAGCUGUGAAUCCUGGGAAAUAUAUUCGAUUGUGGUCGAGGACACUGGAUGGAAACAGACGUGUGUAUAACUACCUAGUACAACUGGAUGUCAGGUUUAAUGCUGUAAACUCUCGAGUACAGUGACGGGCUGCAGUAAUCUUAAACUAUAGUGCAAUGUAACGCAUCAUCACGAGUGUGUGUGCGUGUGUGGUGUUUGUGUGUGUGUGUGUGUGUGUGCAUACAUGCAUGAGUGGGUGAACACACUUGUCUACAUGAUUCAGGUUGCAUGUAUGUCUGUUGAAUGUAUCUGCACGUACUGUAAACUCAUGUGUGCGUCUUUUAGGAGUGUGUGUGUGUGCGACCAUUGAGAUUUUUCAAAAUAAGUCCCAAAUAACUCGGUUAUAACUUUCCUCAAUUAAAGGAGUUCAAGUCUGGCAUUUUUCUUGUUUUAAUUUAUUUGAUUUUGUUAAAUAUUUAUAUACGAGUCGAGUGUAUUAUCGAGUGCACUUUUCCGCUCCAUGAAUCCGUCGCGCAGCUCUGCGAGUCAUAUCGGUUAUGACCACACGCCAGGUACGAGUGUCCGAGUGCUGUGAGUGUGUUCCUCUAUGAUUGUAGAGUGACUUGGCGAAAGCUCUCGACCCCCCCGAGUUUCAGAGUGCAGCUCUGAUAGGUAAAACCUGAUUAUGUAGUUCUCGACAGUGAUUAAUUCCCCCCGGGCUGCAGCAGCACACCACGAGCCCAACUCCCCCCUCGCCACCGCCCGCAGCCCCACACCACCUCCCCCUGCCUCUCAGCCUCCAUUGGUUUUUAUCUCAGAGCUCAUAGCGCUGGCUUUGUUUUCUCACAGCGAGCCCUUGUACCUGCAUAUCUCAAACGGAUGGUCCUGCCAUGGAGUGGUUCCGCUGCCUGUUACGAUGACUGUAAAUAUGGGAGCACAGUGCCUGGAGGCUAUACGAUUUGUACAUGUUCUUUUGUAUUUGAAUAUGAGUCUAAAUGCCGAACCCCCCUCCCCUCCCUUCUUAUCCUCCUCUUCCUCCCCGACCAUCCCCUCUGUCUCCUCCACUAUGCCCUUUUCCUUUUUCUGUAGGGGGGUAAAACAGGUGUGUUUGAGCUCAGUGUACAGUAUGUGUCCUCUUUGUCCCCAUGCUCCCGUGUCCCCUGGACUGUCCCCCGCUGAGUGUGCUUUGUGCAGGAGGUGGGAACUAUUGAUGUCUCUCUGUACGUACCUGUGGAACACUUGUGACUCCUGUCAUUUGCCGCUGUAAAUAAACAUGUCCUGGUAGAAGAGA